CAGAAAGUUCUCCAAAUCCAACUUCAUACAAUUUUUCCCAAACGAUAUUGUGGCUUUCUUUCGGCUUAUUUAUUCUAUUGAUCCUCUGAGGCCAUUUACAGUCGAGCGCCAUUGAAGAUACACCAUGUUUAGAGCAGCAUCGCGGCGCGCCUACGCCUCAGCACAAAAAACCGCACAGCACACCCCUCAACCAUUAUCACGAUCGAUAUCAAGCAACACCACUCGUCCUACGCCCCUCCGCACGAAUUACAGAAUCCGAAACCCCCUCGUCUCUCGAAAUGUCCUCCUCCAAACCCGCCACCUCAGCUUUGCGCAACGAAUGAGAUAUGGUUUCCGGGAAGCUUCCAAGGGAAUCUGGCGCAAGAACCCCAUCCUUCUCCCAAUCGCCCUUGUAUCCACAAUCGGCGCGGGUCUGUUAUUCGCAUAUAUCGCCUAUAUCGAAAUCACCCGCGUGGGCCCCCAAUAUCACAAGUUCCCGCCGCCCGUGGCUGAGACGCUCCGGACGGCCGUAUACUACACCGAAGUGGACCUUAACCCGCCCAAGGCAUUGAAGGCGUACAAGGAGGCGUUGCAUAUUGCCAUUGAGAUGGGGUUACAUCCGUUCUCGGACGAGGUUAUUGGGAUCAAGUUGCAGGUGGCGAUGAUGUUGGAGAAGGCGGGGCUGGUGAAGCCGGCGAUUGAUGUGUUGGAGCGGACGAAGGUCGAAGCGCUGAGUUGGGUAGACGAUAUGCGGAAGAAGAAGACUAUUCAGACCAAGGAGGUGGCUCCUGUACCUGACCAGAAGAAGGUGGAAGAGGACAAGGUUGUGAUCGAUGAUUCGGAGAUUCUCGAGGAGCAGAAGAAAAUAAAAGAACUAGAGGAAUUUGAAGAUCGCCAGCAGGACAAAACGCUUAAGAAGACCGUGGGAAUACAGAUGAAACUUGCUGAGCUCUAUUCAAGCGACUACAUUCAGGAUGAGAAGAAGGCUGAGCAGGCGCAGGUCGCUGCCGUUGAAUUAUCAUUGAAAGAAAUGCACCGUCGCCAAGCUCUCGGCCUCCCUGUUGGUGGUGCAUCGCAGAGUGAGAACAGUGACGCCUGGUUGAACCUCACGGAGAUUGCCACCGCACUGGCCGAUCUGGCAUCCACCUAUGUAACACAAGAGAAGUAUGAGCUCGCCAUGCCACUUUAUUUGCGCGCACUGGAUCUCCUUCGUGUGGACGAGGGUAACUCCCCGACUUGCAAACAGGUCACACUUCUCAAUGGCGUCGCUACAGUGAUGGCCGGACAAGUGCAAAGACCAGUUCGUCAACAACAGCAACAGCAGCAACCUGUUCCCCGCGAACAAACCAUCGAUGCCGCCAAAAAAUGGGCGCAAAAGGCAAUUGAUGUCGCAGCUCGCAUCCAACCGCCUGUUCGUGACGAGGACUGUGACCUCAGCUGCGUGGCGGCAACAUAUAACCUGGGCGAGCUGGCGGAGAUGCAGGGAAAGCGCGAAGAAGCUGUUAAGCGUUAUCGGGAAGCUAAAUCACUGGCUGUGGGACUCGGGUUUGAAGAUGCGGUUGCCAUGACCGAUGGUGCUUUGAAGCGAUUGACAAAGAAAUGAACCACGGAUUCUUUCAAUGUGAUGCCUUGUAUGUACAAUAGGAAUUCAAAUGUAACAUGUAUGUGGACUGCGAACUGUACGGAGAAUA